CAAACAGUGCUCGAGUGACGAGACGCGACCAUUGCACUACUGAACCAUGCUCCUAUUAUUCGCUUCGUAGUAAUGACGACACGGGGAACUCAAGAUUCCCUCAGUUGUUCGGCUCAAGAACUAAACCGGAGUUUUAAUUGGAAUUUCAAACUUGGUUGACGAUUUCCAUUCCCUUUUCCAUCGAACUCUAAUCCAGAAAACGGAUGAAUGUUUUUUUUUUUUUUUGAGAUUCUAGGGUUUUGGAUUCUUUGGAGCUGAAGACGAUGACUGAUACCAACGGCAACAGCAGCGGCAAUAACGACCACCACCACCACCACCACCACCACCAUCAACAAGAUCUCGGCCUGUACUUACUGGAGUUGUCUCGCCAUGGCUCAUCCCAAGUUCCGUGCGACAUGGACGAGGACGAGGAGGCGCCGACGGAGCUCAACACCAUAAACAGCUCUGGAGGCUAUCUGGUAGUGUCCACAGAUAAGCUCUCUAUUAAGUACACCAGUGUGGACCUUCAUGGCCAUGACGUUGGUGUGAUUCAAGCUAAUAAACCUGCUCCGAAGAAGCGCCUCGUCUACUAUUUCGAAAUCUACGUCAAGGAUGCUGGAACUAAGGGUCACGUGGCAAUUGGGUUUACCAGUAAAGGCUUCAAGAUGCGAAGACAACCAGGGUGGGAGCCCAAUAGUUAUGGAUAUCAUGGGGAUGAUGGAUUACUUUACCGUGGACCAGGGAAAAGUGAAACUUUUGGCCCAACAUUUACGUCAGGUGAUACAGUUGGUGGUGGAAUUAACUAUGCCACCCAAGAAUUCUUUUUCACCAAAAAUGGGCAAGUAGUAGGUACAGUUUACAAGGACUUGAAGGGUCCUCUUUUUCCAACCCUUGCUGUCCAUAGCCAAAAUGAAGAAGUGCAUGUGAACUUUGGGCAGAAAGCAUUUGCUUUUGAUUUGAAGGAAUUUGAAGCUCAAGAAAGGAUGAAGCAACAACUGAAAAUAGAGGAAAUACCUCUGCCACCAAAUGUUAGUUAUGGAAUUGUUCGUUCCUACCUUCUACACUAUGGCUACGAAGAUACACUGAAUUCAUUUGAUGUGGCUAGUAGAAGUACUGUUCCUCCUGUUUAUAUAGCUCAAGAAAAUGGAGUUGAUGGGCAAGGUAUAACAUAUGCUUUAAGUCACCGAAAGACUCUACGACAGCUAAUCAGAAACGGGGAGAUUGAUGCUGCCUUUAGUAAAUUGCGUGAAUGGUAUCCACAGAUUGUUGAGGAUAAUACAUCAGCUACGUGCUUUCUUCUUCAUUGUCAAAAGUUUAUUGAAUUAGUUCGGGUAGGAGCACUGGAGGAGGCUGUCAAAUAUGGAAGAAUAGAAUUGGCAAGAUUUUUUGGGUUGCCUACUUUUGGAGAUUUAGUUCAGGAUUGUGUCGCAUUGCUCGCGUAUGAACAACCACAGGAAUCCACUGUAGGUUAUCUUCUUCAGGACUCACAGCGGGAAGUUGUUGCUGAUACGGUAAAUGCAAUGAUCUUGUCCACAAAUCCCAAUGUGAAAGACUCAAAAAAUUGCUUGCGCUCGAAUCUCGAGAGGUUGCUCAGACAGCUCACUGCUUGUUGCUUAGAGAGACGGUCUUUGAACGGCGAUCAAGGAGAAGCUUUUCAGCUGCAGAGACUGCUUAGCACCGGUAAAAAUUGCUAGUGCCAGAUCAUCUCAAUGUUGUCAAUGAUCAUAGUUCUUAGAAGACAAUGCCAGGUCAUCAAAUUGAUCUAUCUAGUCUCUUACAAUGUUAUCCUCCCCCAGCCCACCCGAAGAACGACCACCUGUUCCAUAUGCUCCAUUACUUUGAAACCGGGAAUUCUCUUUGUGCAAGCAAGCUUGUAGCCUCAUCUUCAUGAUUUAAUAUAAAUGAUUAAUUGAACUCUGUA